GACCGUACCAGAUCCGCAGGGGCCGUUGACGAAAGAUGGCGAUGGCGGCUCUCCGAUGCGCCGCCGGAAGGAGGCUCGUCCGGCCUCGCCCCGCCGCUCCCGGCUUCGGCCGCCCGAAUCUCACCCAGGCUAAGGGAUUGUCAUCCCAUGGAAAAGAAGAAGGCGUCCUGGAGCAGAUCCAGGACAAGAAGGAGAGGCUCUACGACCUCAUCCUCUACAACCGCGCCUUUAAGCGCAACGACGGCUCCACUUGCCACGCAAACGUUCAACUCUUGCGUCAUCUCUCUGCUCACGUCAAACCUAGGCCCCAAAGCAUCGCUUGGCGUUGCCUUCGGAACGUACAUAGCUUCUAUAUCAUGUGGAUGUGCUUGAGCCCUGCUGCAAGCGCCUACGCAAUCUGGAACAUCUAUAAAGCCAGCAAAUCCGAUCCGCCGCAGCACGACGAAUUGGCAAGGAACAACAUGGGUGCUCUUGUUCAACAGGGAGGAGACGAGUUGGGGAAAAAGAACAACUGCAUAAGUCAGGGGGAACAAGUGGUGGUCUCCUCAACCUCAUCAAGUUGAUGAUGCUCAACUAGUAGAUAUCGCCAAUGGACUGAUGGUGGGUGGUGAUGAAUCUUGGCACUCAAGUCUAUUAGAUAAUCGGUUGGUAGUUUUGGAGGUGAUAAUCUUGGCUCUUGUUUCUCUCACCUUUGGCGUUGCGUAAUGAUGCUUACCUGAUACUAUGUUAGUUAUUUUGUAUUUUGUGACAUUUGCAUGUCCAUA